ACCCAAAUUACCUACAGAAGCAGCGAGCAGAGCGUCUCUUCUGGAUUGCUGAAACACAGAAGGUCUUACUUUGCUGCUGUAACAGCUCUCCCUUCCUCCAAGACAGAAACGUGCAGCAACAGGGGUCGUUUCCUCCAUCAGUGAGAGACCUACCCAGACCUUCUGCAGUGAAAUAGAGCAGAUAACUUUUUAGACCAGCUCCAGAAGACCCAGAUUGCAUUUGGUUAUCACCUUUUUGGAUAAACAGUUUAGGGUCCAGGAUGAAUAAGACAAGGGCAGUUCAUGAUGCUUUUCCUUUCCUGAACAAUAAGAACUUGAGCUCAAACCGAAGCUUCCCCUCACACCUUUCUAAUCAGUGCAGGAAUGUCACUGAUCUUACUGUUUUUCUGGCUACUUCUUACAGUUUGGAGACUGUUCUAGGCAUUGUGGGAAACAUCUGCCUGAUUGCUGUUAUAGCCAGGCAGAAGGAAAAGACCAAUGUCACCAACAUCCUCAUUUCCAACCUAAUAAUUUCAGACUUGUUUAUGUGUCUUGUCUGCUUGCCUUUCACCGUUGUUUACACCAUGAUGGACUAUUGGAUAUUUGGGGAGGUCAUGUGCAAAAUGACCUCUUUCACACAGUGCACAUCUGUGACAGUGUCAAUUCUUUCCCUUGUCCUUAUUGCUCUAGAAAGACACCAGCUGAUCAUAAACCCAACUGGUUGGAGGCCAAGCAUCUCCCAAGCCUAUCUAGGAAUUGGAGUUAUCUGGACUUUAGCAUGCCUCAUGUCUCUGCCCUUUCUGACCACAUCCAUCUUGUCUAAUGAUCUGUAUGAACAGCUUUCGCACAUCAUGAAUUUUUCCUAUGACAAGGCCAUAUGCAUUGACUCAUGGCCUUCUGAGCAACACAGGCUUAUCUACACCACUACUCUACUGCUUCUGCAAUACUGCAUCCCACUGUUCUUCAUUAUACUUUGCUACCUGCGUAUCUACUUACGCCUACAGAAGAGAAAGGACAUGUUUGAGAAGAGUGAAUACAGCAACCGAGCAGUUCAGUUAAGAAGGAUAAAUAUUUUGUUAGCAUCCAUGGUUGCUGCUUUUGCUGUUUGCUGGUUACCACUGCAUGUUUUCAACACCAUCGUGGACUGGAAUUACAAGAUCAUUUCACCUUGCCACCACAAUCUGAUCUUCUCAUUGUGCCAUUUGGUAGCCAUGGCUUCUACCUGUGUCAACCCUGUCAUCUAUGGUUUCCUCAAUAGCAACUUCAAAAAAGAAGUGAAGUCACUGAUUCUGAGCUGCCAGCAUAAUUCAGUAACUGCAUCAAUAGAAGAUUAUGAUCAUUUACCUUUAUCCACUAUGCAGACUGAAGUCUCCAAGGGCUCACUGUCAUUGAAUUGCAGACAUAAUUCUAUCUAGCCAGCAGAAAGUGCUUCAGAGGUUGCACUAACAUCACACAGCAGUCAUACCUACGGGUAUAAAAGCAACUGGUGAUGCCAAAGCUGGAAUGCAAACAGGAGCCCACUGCUGCCUGAUUUUCGGAAGAACAGGCAAAAGAAGUUAGUAAAUGCACCCAGUAGCUCCUGGGGUGCACAAGGUGUUCGUAUCUUUGAGGAGGUGCAGGCUGGUGUACAAACAGCUGCUCUGACAGCUCAAUAGCUAAGCUGUGAUGCACGCAGACUGACAUUGGGUCUAUAAGCUAAGUUCACAACUCCACCAUGGCCGAGGUAGAACCCCAUGCAUUCAAUUUCACCACUGCAGGCUGCCAAAGCUGCAUUGCCGAAGGCUUCAUUUUUCAGUAUUAAGACUUUCUAUGCACUGAUGACACACCAGUGGAACAGAGACAUGUAAAUAUAUAUGUUUUUGCGCUUUCCUAACUGACAGACUGUUAGUAUUCAGCAGAUCCAGUUUGCAUCCAACAGCUGGAGGUCGGUCCAGAACUUCUCCCUCGUCAUGUGCUUGGAAAUUGCCAUUGCCCACACAAGCUGGGGCAAAGAACAAGAAAGAUGAAAGUUGCUUAUGGAGGAGCAGCAGGAAAUGAAAAUGUUACUUUGUGGGUUAAGCUCUCGGAACAUCCUGACAUGAUGCAGAACGCUAUUUUCAAGCAAAUGAAAAACAGUUGCAGAUCUGCAUGGAAUGAAUCUGGUUGAAUGAAUUCCUGCUGCUGGCAGUCAUAAAGCUCUGCAAUGUUGGAAGCACACACCAUGAUGAGAAAAGGUGACUGUGCUACUGGAGCUGUUCCAUGCCUUGGUAGCAAGAUUUCACUUUUGCUUCAGCAGCAAAAUACUCAGUAGUUCCUUGGUGCUCUAAUUGCAUCUAAUUCAGAUAGCCUGAAUAAAUGUGAAAAGUUGUUUGAAGAAGCCUUGUCUUUUCAGAGUGCAUACAGUCCCAAAGAAAUAAAUAUACAUACGCAGACCAUUUCCUAUUAACAUAAAAGUGGAUAUCAUACACCAGUUCCACUUGAUAGCAGCAACAACAAAUAUGGAGCUGAAUAAGAAUAUAUAACUGGAAUCCAGGUCAUGUGGAAACACAGAUCUUAAAGCCAAGCUACAUGUAAAUAAGUAGUGUAGUAAGGAGAUAUUUCUGAGUGACUGCUGAGGAAACAAAGAGGAAAAAAGAAGAUAAAGAAAAAAUUGAGAAGUUCAUAGUAAAAAAAAAAAAGAUACCAUCGAGUUUAUUUAAAAUGAAGUAGGUUAAUAAAAAAGAAAUAUGCAACUAUAUUCCGUCCUGUGUUUUUAAACUAACCUUAGCAGUAGACUGACUAGGUGACCAAAUGAGGUCAUUUCUAACUUGAAUUAUGUUAUUACUUAUCACAGGCCACUACACAUUGUAGUUAAUGGGUUUGCAUAGAGUUGAAGCUUUCUAAUGUACAGUUACGCAGAAAUCUUCCCUUAACUUGAUGUUCCCCAAUUAGAAAGAUGACCAACCUUAACAGGCAAUGUGGAUUUGGGACUGAGCAUCUGAAGGCAAGAGCAAGCUCUUAAACUAUAGGGGAAGAAGAGCCAUCAAGGAUGAAUUCACAGCUGCAGAUGGCAAAAAUGGAAGUUAAAUCUCAUCCAUGUGCUGGGGCACAGAAAUUGGUGGCAAAGUUUCAGACUUGGACAUUGAAUUCUUGCAUGUAGAGUCUUAAGGCAGAAGGUAUUCUGACAUAGCCACACUUCUUACUCUGGACAGAACAUGUAUAUAUCAAUUGGAGAAUUCAUGUGAUUUCCUUUUGCAUCUUCCUCAAUUACUAGGCAAGACAUUUUUGUUUCUUUCAUGUAACCUUCUGCUGCAUCUUUUGUUUUAACUUAUCUUGUUUUUUCUUGGUUCUUUGUAUGCAAUGUCAUUUCUAGACUGGAUAUUGAGCCCAUUAGAAGAAAUGCAGAACAAGAGGACUCAUUUGAUCUUACCCUGAAUUAGAAGUUUUCUGUUUUAGCUGAAAGCAGAGCUGAUACAACUUUGCAAUGCUGAACAGUAAAAAUACAUUAACUUCUAAACAACUUCACUCUUACCAGAACUGUGCUGUAUUAUUUGAGAGCUUGAAUACCGAUUAAAUUUUGCAGUGUUUUUAUAUUUAGGGUUAUUCAUCUAACUAGUUGAGUAAUUCUGCCUGUUUUACAUGCUUGCUACAAGUUCAGCACCUAACUAAAGAAUAUACUGCUAAACAUGAACAUAGAAUAUUAUGAUUUAUAAUCUUAUGUAUAGAGUUUUUCAAGCAUCACUCUCUUCAAUGGAAACAGCUAUCUUUAGAGUUUUUCCUUUCAGAAGUGUGUCUUUGCUGUAAGAUCUAAAUCAGAAUGUUUUAGUAGAGAAGCAUCAGUGGGGUCUGACUCUCCUUUGAACUGCGACUCACACUGCCAUUUGUACCCAUGCAAAGGAAGACGACCCAGUUUUACAAUAAUUCAUACUGACAUGAGUAGGAAUGUGGCUCCCUCUAGUGAAGACAGGAAGUGUCAAGUCUGGAAUCAAGUACGGUUUAUCACUAAUGGGCUUGGUGCCAGAUAGAUGCUAACUCCCACCAAACUCUGCUUGAAGGUACCCCAGGUAACAAAAGAAAUUUCAGAAUAAAUCCUGAAAAUGAAUCCAAGUUUCAAAGGGCUGACUAUCUGUGCCACAUGUAAGUUCUAUCUUUGAUUAUACACGGGGCAUCAUGCUCUCACAAAUAGCCAGAACACAAAUGGUAUUUUAUCACCACUCCUUCAUUUUGCAGGGACAUAAGGAUGCACAGAAUGUAGCUGUGCAUAAAAGCAAUAGAAAGUAGUGUGCUAUUCACUGUUGUCAACAGCUCUAGCAACUGUUCCCUGUUCUCAUUGAAGGCAAAAGCACAAGGCUGGGUGUAAUUAUGCCUGCAUGGAUGUUGAAAGACAUUUCAUUUGUUGCUUCAUGCAACCAUGGGGGAAAUCUGUCUCUUUAGUCCCAGAAAAAGGUAACAGGAUCAAAGAAAAAAAAGCUUACAUAUAUUUUACUCAUUUGUAAAUGUGAUCUUGGUUAGCUAUUUAAGAAGGAUCAACCAAUUUUGUGUUCAUUGUACUACAGCAAUGCUUUUGAGUAUAUACUUUGAAAAGCCUUGCUACUGAGUUACAAGGGGAAUACAGGGGAAACAUGCUCAAGUAAUAUAAAUCAUCAGUUCAUGCAAUUUUAAGACUUUAUCUAACAUUUAUUUUUUAAAAGAAGGCUUUUAAUGAUCCUGCACACGUGACGUGCUUUAAAAAGCUUGUAAGAUUUUCAGAGCAGGAAAACAACUUGUUACUCUUAUAUAAGCAGCACAUUUUGAGGAAUUUAGUAAUAACAAAUAAAAUUCUAUGGCCUGUGUUA